UUCUCCUACCUCUGGAGACGCUAGAACCCCCCGCGUAGCUGGCAGAGACCCCUACCCUUUCGCCCUCCCCCCAUCCCCGUGCACUACCUCGGUCUCCCAGGAGACAGACCUCUUCUUGUCCCACCAAAAGUUCCGCAAACUUUUUUAGACUUUGGAGAAAAAGUGGGGUAGAGACAGCGCAGAAAAACUGAGAGGUCCGCAGACGACUUUCCUUUUGCCCUGAGAAACUCAAGGGUAGCUUACUAUGUAUAUUUCAGUAACAGGAUAAUGAUUCAAUUCAACAAAUAUUUACCAAGCGCCCACUGGCGCGGACCCCGAGAGGGUGGGUGGCCGGGGCUCAGAAAGGGGAAGGGGACUCCUUGGUUGAGAGACCGUGAAGCCAGACCAGGAGCCGACUAUUCCUGAGCCUCGUACCCCCGCCCUCUGCUGCCAGAGGCCAGGUUGCCGGCUCAACGCAGCCGGGGAACCCAAGCGCAGCAGGCCCUGUGCCUUUAAGAGUGCCUGGCAGGGGGCCAGCUCGCACCCUGGCGCAGGGAUGGGGUCCUGUUAUUAGCAUUAUUAGCUGCCACUGGGUGAGCUCCGCAGUUUGCAGCGGUGAUGGGGGUGGGGAGGGCUGGCGGUGGUUGCUCUAAUUUGGUCCACUGGGAGAGCGCACCCCGGCCCCCCGCGCGGAAUCCUCCUAGUCCUUUAGAAACAUUUGGGCCUCCGGGUUGGGAGAGCGGGCGGGGGGCAGUUUGUGAACUCUUGUUUGUUUUAAUUGUCAGUUGUAUGUUAAAGCCGAGUCACACACUCCGAGGGUCACCGAGAGUUCACUUUUACGAAAAGUUAACAUUUCCUGCAGUAUGACUAGCUAUUUUCCAAACAAUUUUUCCUCUCUGUCCUCCAAGCUUCGAUCCUUAUUUUCAUUUUUCUUGAUUCUCCACUUUUAAGUUUUCUAGAAAAUAUCUUUGGGAUUGGAAUUCAGAUGUUUCCUAAAGCACCCCCCCAAAAAGUUUAUUAAAAAACCCCACAACUUGGAGACCCCGUGGCCUGUUUUACUCUCCAAUCGCAGUCUGGCAUGGGGGCCCCUUCUCGUCUCCCGUCUUUCUUUAGAUGGACAGCUCGCUGUUUGGAAGUCACUUGGAGUCAGUGGUGGGAUCACACCUCCUCACCCACUGCCCUCCUGCCAACGUUCAAGGCUACUCCGGCCAGAUGCAGAGAUUUUGCUUCUAGACAAACUCUGUGGGGAGCCGAGGGUGUGCAGGCAGUGGACAUUAUGUGUCCAAGUGUGUGGAUCUGUGCCCUGCAUGUUGUGGAGAGUGAAGGGCCAGUUGUUCUCGGGUCUUGCACAUAUUAAAUCCUCAGCCAGGACCGGUGCCACAAAGGAAGACCCUUCCUCCCCAGGAGGCUCGGUCACAGUCCCUUGCGUUUCCCUCCGCUCAACCGAGCGCUCUGGUGCACAAGGGGUUAGCACCCUCUGCCGGAGUUCAGCUAGUCCUCUGCCUUUUUCUUUCUCGCUGUGCGGUGCCGGCUGCCCCCUGUUGGCUGCCUUGAGGUAGGACAUCUUGGAGCCUGUGUCUUGGCUGGGCAGGCAGCUUGCUCGCCUCUUCCGCCCACCUCUAGCUUUACAAGAACAUCCCUUCGGAUCUCCAGGUCCCACUCUCCCAGGAAGGCCCCUCGGAGGCCUCCAGAGGACAUGCUGCCCUGCGUGGCUGCAUUAGUAAGGGGCCAAGUGUCCGACCCAGCGAAUGGGGCUCGGGCUAGUGGAAGAAGGGUUGGUACCCCUUCUCCCGGGCACAUUAAGGAGCAGGAGGGUCCCCCUAGGAACUCUCGGGUCUGGUCUUGAGGCCCUCACUGGUUCACCCUGUAGCCGAGGACCAGCGCUGCUUUUUCGCUCUCGGCCUCAGUUUCUUGUCUAUUAAAAAGUGGAGUUGAAACCACCUCUGGAAAAUGGGUGUUGAAGCGUUCUGUCAUUUCCCUUCUCUUUCUUUCCGCCGACAAACAGUUCUUUGGGACAGAGUUGAGAGGCUGUGCCUAGAGAUCUGGGGAAGGUAGAAGUGAUGUUUCCCUCUCUUCCCUGGUCCCCCCAGGUGCCUUUGUGAGAGAGAGAGAGAGUUGCCUUGCAGUCUGGAGAUCUUGUCGGAGGAUGGAUGAGAAGUCGAUUGGAAUAUUAAGCCCAGGAGUUGCUUGGGGGACGGCUGCAAGGGCAAUGUCUUCCAAGUUCUUCCUAAUGGCUUUGGCCAUAUUUCUCUCCUUCGCCCAGGUUGUAAUAGAAGCUAAUUCUUGGUGGUCGCUAGGUAUGAAUAACCCUGUUCAGAUGUCAGAAGUAUAUAUCAUAGGAGCGCAGCCUCUCUGCAGCCAACUGGCAGGACUUUCCCAAGGACAGAAGAAACUCUGCCACUUGUAUCAGGACCACAUGCAGUACAUUGGAGAGGGCGCCAAGACGGGCAUCAAGGAGUGCCAGUAUCAGUUCCGACACCGGAGGUGGAACUGCAGCACCGUGGAUAACACCUCUGUCUUCGGCAGGGUCAUGCAGAUCGGCAGCCGCGAGACGGCCUUCACGUACGCGGUGAGCGCCGCGGGGGUGGUCAACGCCAUGAGCCGCGCCUGCCGCGAGGGCGAGCUGUCCACCUGCGGCUGCAGCCGCGCCGCGCGCCCCAAGGACCUGCCGCGGGACUGGCUGUGGGGCGGCUGCGGCGACAACAUCGACUACGGCUACCGCUUCGCCAAGGAGUUCGUGGACGCCCGCGAGCGGGAGCGCAUCCACGCCAAGGGCUCCUACGAGAGCGCACGCAUCCUGAUGAACCUGCACAACAACGAGGCCGGCCGCCGGACGGUGUACAGCCUGGCCGACGUGGCCUGCAAGUGCCACGGGGUGUCAGGCUCGUGCAGCCUCAAGACGUGCUGGCUGCAGCUGGCCGACUUCCGCAAGGUGGGUGAUGCCCUGAAGGAGAAGUACGACAGCGCGGCGGCCAUGCGGCUCAACAGCCGGGGCAAGCUGGUGCAGGUCAACAGCCGCUUCAACUCGCCCACCACCCAGGACCUGGUCUACAUCGACCCCAGCCCCGACUACUGCGUGCGCAACGAGAGCACCGGCUCGCUGGGCACGCAGGGCCGCCUGUGCAACAAGACGUCCGAGGGCAUGGACGGCUGCGAGCUCAUGUGCUGCGGCCGCGGCUACGACCAGUUCAAGAUGGUGCAGACCGAGCGCUGCCACUGCAAGUUCCACUGGUGCUGCUACGUCAAGUGCAAGAAGUGCACGCAGGUCGUGGACCAGUUCGUCUGCAAGUAGCGGCGCCCCGCCGCCUGCCCGCCGCCCGGCCCCGCUCCCAGGACCCACUUAUUUAUAGAAAGUACAGUGAUUCUGUUUGGGUUUUUUUUUUUAAUGUUUUUUUUAAUCCCUAAGAGUUGCAACCGGAACCAUCCCCUCCGCCCCGUUCCCAUCUGAGAACUCUGUGGUUAAUAAUAUUAUAAUUAUUAUUUGGCAAUAAGGGGGUUGGGAACCAAGAAAAUAUUUAUUUUGUGGAUCUUUGAAAAGGUAAGACAAGACUUGUUUUGAUGGUAUAAUGGAUGGGGGGGGGCGGGGAUAAAACAUGCCCUUGCUGAGAUGUGUGCACAUCUGGAGGUCAAGGAAACGUUUUCUUUGUCUCAGCUAUCGCAUGGGACAGGUAGCACCCCACUGCAAGGAGGUGGCCCGGAGCGAUGCGUGACUCAGCAGUGGUGAGCAAAAGGAGUUCUUCGGUCUGGGGAGCCGGAAGGUCUUGAGAAACAGACAAAACAAUGAGAACCCCACCCCUCUCUUUCCCAGGGGCUGCCAGCCUGAAAUGUUUCCAAAAUGUAUUUAAAAUUUAAGAACAAGAAUCUCAUAUCCCUUCAAGAAAGGUUUAUCAUAUGUCUCACUGUCCUCCAGCAUUCCAUCUACAGCUGGUCCAUUCUAUUAGCUACUGAAACCUGGGGAGCAGGGAGAGAAGCCCUAGAUAUUAAAAAACAAAAAACUCCUCCUUAUAUUGAGUCAGUCAGUCUAACAUUCAAAGCUGUUGUGAGAAUCAGAUUAUCCACUUGGAAAAGGAUCCCUGGAUGAUUCUGGUACCAGACAUUUUGUUUGGAGAAGGGCAGGGAGGUUGGCUUGGCAAUAAAGGAAAAUAUACUGUAAUUUUCUUAGGGAUACUUGGUUAAUAAAUGAUAAUAAUGAAAAUAACACAUGAAUUCCAUUCACAGAUCCUCAACCCGAACUUCAAGGUACUUGUGUGCAGUUCAGCCUUGCACCAAAGCAGAAAACCUAGCUGAGGGAAAAAAGUGACCUCCGCCCUCCCUCCUUGACCCUGCGCCCCCUCCAAUUCCGUACCUUGCUACGCUGCGGCCGCGUUUCCAAGCGGAGCUCCGCUGGGUCCCCUCUGAUUGUAGGACAGGGAAUGAAACCUUAGGAGCUCCUCUUGGAAAACAGCUCGCUACUUAGGGAUUUCAUUCCCCCUACCACUUUUAUUUCAAGGAACAGCAGUUUUCUGUUUUCAUGACAUCACUUGGCGAAUGGACGUCACGGAGGCGUGGCCGCAUUUCUCCCUUCUGCUCCUGUGUUCAGACUCCACUGGCGCUUCCCGCUCGUCUGCAGGUGUCCCGAGAACUGCUCCCAGUGGACUUGAACAGUUGGUUCAGUGGUACCUGAUAGCUCAGUCUCUUGUACAUAACAUAUAUAUAUAUAUAUAUAUAUACAUAUAUAAAUAUCCAUAUAGUUAUAUCGGCGCAGCCAGUGGUCUGGGUUCCAGUUUACUCUGGGGUUAUUUCUUCGGCCUAGAGCCUUGUGGUCCUCCACUGCAAUCCAAGUGGGAUUUUCCCCGACGGCUUCUAAGCUGAGCUCGGGCUGUGGCCCUGAUGCCAUUACAUGCUGAGCAUCUCGAGGCAGCUGUGUUUCUGAGGAGUCUGGAAGGUCUUGGUUGUGGGCAUGGUGGUUUGAAGAUUCCUUUUGUCUCCCCUGCUCCGUCCCCUGGUUGUCCACCCUCGUUUUCUGCACCCUUUCUGGAGAGGGCAUUACUUGUUCACUACAGAGGUGGGGAUGGAGAGGACACACUGCCAGCGUUUCUCUUUCCUCUGUUCACUUUGCAGGGUGGAACUUGGUGCCCGUUAGACCUGAGGGCACCUGUACCGAGUCCCUAGGGAAUAUCCAGCUCACAACAUCUUCAGCUAGUUUGAAAAAAAAAAAAAAAAAAACCACAACACCUCUUUGCAAAGAGUACCAUCACCUGUGUUCUCAUCUCAGACUUGUGCUGUUUUAGAAGUUUAGGAAGACGCAUGUUCUGCAGCCCUCACAGGCUCAGUGGCCCUCAGGUCAGCCCGGCCACCUGUGGCUCUUAUUGCACAAGGAUAUUCGCUCCCCCUGCCCCCAGCUGCAGUGAAUUGCAAGCAAAAGAUCUUGAAAGUAAAAGCACUAAUUAGUUUAAAAUGUCACUUUUUUGGUUUUUAUUAUACAAAAACCAUGAAGUAAUUUUUUUUUAUUUGCUAAACCAGAUUUUUUGUUCCUUUCUAGUGAUUCAUGUUUAUGAAGAGAGUUGAAUUUAACAAUCCUAGUUUUUAAAAGAAACUAUUUAAUGUAAAAUAUUCUACUUGUCAUUCAGAUAUUAUGUAUAUCUUCUAUGGCCUUUAUUCUGUACUUUUAAUGUACAUAUGUCUGUCUUGUGUGAUUUGUAUAUUUCACUGGUUCAAAAACAAACUUCGAAAGGCUUAUGCCAAAUGGAAGAUAGAAUAUAAAAUAAAAUAUUACUUGUA